AUGGGAAAUUCUUAUGCGGGACAACUUAACUCAACGCGUUUUGAAGAAGUGUUGCAUAAUUCUAUUGAAGCUUCUCUCCGAUCCAGUAAUUUAGUCCCAAGGCCGAUUUUUUCACAGCUAUAUUUAGAAGCCGAGCGGCAGCUUUCAUCUCUAGAAGCAGGCAAUAGGGUAGAUAAUGAGGAAGAGGAGGAGGAGGAAGAUGAUGAUGGUGAUGAAGGUUCAGAAACAAGUAGCCCUCCUGUUACUUAUCAGAUGAAACCACCACCUGAAGGUUGUUGCACUACCGAUGGUUUCUGUCAGACAGGUAAAGACCUCAGGCUAGCGUCCAUCUUGAAUGAACCAAUUGAAGUGCCCGCAGGAUUUUUACUGGUUGGUGCAAAGUCACCAACCUUGCCUGAACACCUUUUGGUGUGUGCUGUGGACAAGCGAUUCUUGCCUGAUGACAAUGGGCACAACGCCUUACUAGGUUUCUCUGGAAACUGCGUUGGCUGUGGCAAGAAAGGAUUCUGCUACUUUACUGAGUUCUCUAAUCAUAUCAAUCUAAAGCUGACAUCUCAGCCCAAGAAACAGAAACACUUAAAGUACUAUCUGGUCAGGAAUGCACAGGGCACGCUUACCAAAGGCUCUGCGAUCUGCUGGAAGGGGGCAGAAUUCCGAAACCGACACUCCUCCUCCAACACUUCCUCCCAUACGUUGCUUCAGCCUGCAGAGAAUACAGGCUCUUCAGCAACUGUUACGAACGAACCAUUUCUAGCAGCGCAUCCAGUCGGUCAAGCUGGAAUUCAUCAAACAA